UGUUGACCCGGUCAAGUUCUUCAUCUCCAUUUUGGAUGAGCAUUUGUUCAGCGUGGACCCUGUGUUCCCUUUUUCUUUUGUUUGUUAAAACUAUAUUAUAAAAUCUCAUCUAAUUUAAUUACCAGAUGGAGAUGGCAAAUUCCAUAAAGAGAAUAAGAUAAUUCCAGUGAAUGGUGGGCCAGGACCUAUCGAGAGAUGCAGUCAGAUCAGAGGGGAAAGACAGAAGGAGUGUUACUGGGGUCUCACCAACGGCCUGCUGGGAAACUCAUGACGCAGGAUCGGUUGGGGUAUAAAAAGGGUUUCGGAGAGUAACACAGGGGAUGCACUGUGUAUUAUAGAGUCCCAUAUUUACUGCACAUCCAGAGCUGAAGCAGUACAUACAGGUAUGUUAUUUACUAUUUUGCUCAAACUUUUAAGUCAUACACUUCAUGGUUAUUUUUAUAUUGCAUUGACUACAAAUCUGUGAGUAAUGGCAUUAUUAAAAUAUCUAUUACUAGUGUGUGUGUGUGUGUGUAGGUGGGUAUGUGGGUGCAGUUACUCACGUUUUCUGUAUGGUGAGUUAAAAAAUAACCAGAGAAACAAGUGCACUGGUCAUGAGGGCUUAUUAUAUUAGUAUUUCUUGCCACUGCUGCAGCUGCUUAUCUUAACUUUAACCAAAUUAGUAAAGAAGCAAACAAUAGUUUGAAGCAGAUAAAGAAGAUUCAUUUACUCCAUUAUCACCUGCUCUUCAGUAUUAUUAUGAUCUGAGUGAACAUUCUGACUGCAAUGAGUACUGACUGUUAAGAUCUUAUUUUUUUCUCAAAAGUAUUAUUUGUAUUUUUUAUAAUUCGUAACAAAAUACAGAAGAUGUAUUAAUAACAUUCCAUUUUAAAACACCCUUCACAUAAUUACAUAAUCAGUGCUCCAGUAUCAAGUUUAACCUUUCGGCUUCAGACCACGGCAGGAAAAGGUGACGUCAUGUUGUCUUUGAUGGUGUUUGCUGUUUUUGAAGUGUGUGUGUGUGUGUGUGUAUUUGUGUGUGUAUGUGUGUAUAUGUGUGUGUGUGUGUGAGCAUGCAUGCACAUGUUUUUCUACCAAAUGUGCUCACUCAGAUAGGAGUAUUUGAUAUUUGACAGCUUUGAAAUUUAGCUGGUCCCUAUAUGUUAUUUAUUUGUUUGUUUGUUUGUUUACUGUUUAUUUUAUUUUAUUUUAUGGGUUACUGAGUUUAAGGGUAGCAUUAGAUUUAGGUGCAGCAUACCAUUAAUUAGCUGCAUUAAUAAUUAUGUCAGUGGGAAGAUAGUAAGACAAACACGUGUGUGUGUGUGUGUGUGUGUGUGCGUGUGCAUGAGCAUGCAUGCGCAUGUUUUUCUACCAAAUGUGCUCACUCAGAUAUUAAUAUUUGACAGCUUUGAAAUUUAGCUGGUCCCUAUACGUUAUUUAUUUGUUUGUUUGUUUGUUUGUUUGUUUACUGUUUUUUUAUUUUCUGGGUUACUGAGUUUAAGGGUAGCAUUAGAUUUAGGUGCAGUAUACCAUUAAUUAGCUGCAUUAAUAAUUAUGUCAGUGGGAAGAUAGUAAGACAAACACGUGUGUGUGUGUGUGUGUGUGAGAGAGAACUGGUAGGAAACUAUCAGCAAAAGAAGUCGAUAUAAUUCCAUCCUCUUAUCAAACUGCCUCAGAUCACAGUCGAUGAUAUCUUGUAUCCGAAAUGCUCCUCAGUGUUGAUCGCAUAAACUUCAGGUUUAACCUUUGACCCCUGUGGAUGGCUACUUCAUUUAUUCAGGCUGUGAUUGUAUUUCCUCACAGACACAGAUUUCCCUUCUGAAAACUGUGGAGGCUACUAGAAAUGCUCCUGCUUGCAAUGAUACUCCUGUUAUCAGUUACACUCGGAGAGACCAAUCCCACAAGAGAGUACACUGAAGAUGUGACUCCUGAGGAGCGAGUGCUCAAAGUUUUGCAGAGAAUCGCUGCACGGCCCACACCUGAACCUCUGGCGUCCAAACUCUCGUCUCACCUCCCCAUGGACAUGUCCAACCCAUGGCUAAGUGCACGAAUUCCCAGCACUUCAUGGUGGUGGCACCCUGAAAAGCCUCAUCCUGAAACCAAGAGGAGGCAGAAUCUAGCGUCGUAUAAUCUCAAUUCAUUUGGCCUUCGCUAUGGGAAGUGACAUCAGGCCAUGGCUACAGAAUGGAUUCUGCUUAUUAACUAUUAAUCAGUUAUGAUUAUUGUCACUUUCUGAUGCAUUCUUAAUUAUUAUUAGGCUUUAAAAUGUCCCACUUUGUCUGAUUUGUCUAUUUUGACGGCAACUUGUAGUUGGAUGUAGUGAAUACGGAUGACUGGCGCCAGUCUUAUAAAAUCCUCUAUUCAUAUCAAAUAAACUUUAUA